AUGGCCAACAUGUUGAGAUCGUGGAUGAUGCUUGCAGCGCUCGUCUUCUGCCUCCUCGUGUGUUUGAGCAGCUUUGCGGACGCUUACCCUCCCAAACCAGAGAGCCCCGGGGGCAACGCCUCACCGGAGGACUGGGCCAAAUACCACGCGGCUGUCAGGCAUUAUGUUAACCUCAUCACCAGACAGAGGUAUGGGAAGAGGUCGACCCCGGAGCAGGCGGUGGCGUGGCUGCUGUUCGGAGCUGAUUCAAGCCAAGACACUGAACCACGCUCGGACUACAACGAUCAGUGGUAA